UCGUGUUUUUCGUGUUAAUUUCUGAUAAAAAUACUUCGGUUUCGGUGUUUCGUGGAUUUAAAUUCGAAUUUUAUUUUCUAUUUCGUGUUUUUUUAUUCAAAAGUGCUUCCGUGUCACACAAGUUUCUACUUUCGGUGCUGAAUACCCGUUGAAUUCAUCUCUGUGAAAAAUUGUCUGGUGAACAUGGCUGGUUACUCGAAUAAUCCAUACAGAGACCAACAGCACCACUGGAGUCAAGAUGCAUCGUACAAUUUCGAAGUACCACCGGAUCAGUUUGGACAGGAGUUAAAUUUCCAAAAUUUCGCUGCUGAGCAAUCCCAGGGACAGUUUAUGGGAUCUCAGAUGUACGAUAGCAAUCCUUACCUGAAUCCGGCCAGUUCGCCAGCUUAUCAGGGAAAUAUAUUCACACCAAUGGAUACAGCUCCUGAGAAGUACGGUUCCGGUGGAGAAUUCGAUGAUGAGCCGCCACUCAUGGAAGAACUGGGAAUAAAUCCGGAACAUAUUUUUCAAAAGACGCCAGUAAAAUGAAGGACAUCCUAUAUU